UGCUUUCGAAUGUGGUUUUCAUUCUUUCUUAGGACAGAAUAGAACACAAUUCAGUAUUUCUUUUUUUAUAUUCGCUUUAUUAUUUCUUUUAUUUGAUUUAGAAAUAUUAUUAGUAUAUCCUUAUGUAGUAAGUGCUUAUACUAAUGGAAUAUAUGGUUUAGUAAUUAUGUUAGUAUUCUUUUUAGUAUUAACUUUAGGAUUUGCUUUUGAAUUAGGAAAAAAUGCUUUAAAAAUUGAAAGUAGACAAGGAUAUAGUUUCAAUAUAAAAUUAUGA